GGACUGUUGAUUUGAGGUGAACAUGAUAAAUCACUCAUCUUCCAUCGCGAGAAUGGCCCUGCUGCUGCUGCUGCUGCUGGUUUACAGCACAGAUGCUAAGAUGGACAUUAUCACCAGUAGUCAAGAUAUUUUGUUGGGACAAAAGAUCAUAUUGUUGUGUAAAGCUGGGGACGAAGGAGAUAUAACAUGGCUAAAGGAGGGUGAGGAUGUAGAUAGUGAAUUAGUGAUACCAGUGGAUGAGACCACCUCAAAAUUGGUCAUUGAGAAGGCUACGAUGGGUGAUGCAGGCAAGUAUACUUGUCACUGUGAAUUCAACAGCGGACACACCGAUAACACGGAGAAACAGCUGUUUAUUUAUGAGGGUCCAUCAUUUGGCAGCACCACCACCUACCAUGAGUUUCUACAGGGCACAGAUGCAGUGGUUCCAUGCCUGGUGUCUGGCCGGCCAGCAGUGAAUGUUCUUUGGUUACGAGACGGGGAAGAAAUCCCUUCAAAUGAGGGAAGGCGUGUGCAUCAGAUGAAAGAUAACGCACUUCGUAUUGGAAAAGUUAAGGGAGACGAUGCUGGGACAUAUAUGUGUCAGGCCCAGAUCAGAGGACGACCUAUCCGUCAAGAUCUCCCCAUCUCUGUUGUCGUCAAUGUUCCUCCCUCUGUGCGCAUGAAAGAAGUGGUGAAGACAGUGAUGGCAGAAACCAACGUUUCCUUGCUGUGUCUGGUGGAGGGUCACCCAAAACCCAACAUCAGCUGGAGCAUGCCGGUGCAUUAUGACCCCUCACGUCAUCAGUUCAACUCUGAUCGCAGCCAGUUGACUAUACAGUCUGUUGCCAGGGCAGACUAUGGGGAAUACGUCUGCACCGCCAGCAACAAGAUAUCUGACAGCAGCGACAUCAUCAUGCUUCAUGUCUUUGAGGCCUCAGAUGUGGUUAUCACAGCAGAGCAGCUGCAUGUGUCAGCAGGUGAACAUGUAUCUGUGUCCUGUAACGUCUCUGGACAUCCUCAGCCUGAGCUACACUGGCUCAACAAGCAAAAUGGACAAACAGUGGGCUCUACUCCUGGUCGAGUCUAUGUUGAGGAUGGUGUAUUUGUGAUUAAAGAAGUGGUGCCCUCUGAUGGUGGACUGUAUUCCUGCAUGGCUGUUGGCUCCUCUGGAAAUGCCUCAAGAGAUGUUGCAAUACUCACCAAGCCCGGUCCACCUCACUACCUGUCAGUCUCACCUGCGGCCACCUCAGUCAUCUUCUCCCUUAAAACCCCACCCGUCAGCGGAGGGACACCAAUCACAGGCUAUGCCCUGCAGUGGAGACAACUUGCUGGGGAAACGUGGGAGGAGGUCAGAGUCUUAGCCUCAGAUACACUAGCUAUCAACUCCCUCAAGCCGUACACAUUGUACGAGGUGCGUUUGGCCGCCGUGAAUGCAGAGGGAGUGGGAGAGCACUCAGACACAAAAACUGUCCGCACCGAGGGAAUACGAGGUGAACCAGACAGUCCAGUUUUGAAAGAUGAUGAGAAAAAAAUAGAACAAAGAUCUGCAAUUAUCCCUCUUAAAUGCAAGGAUGAUGUUGGAACGCCUGUGCUGAAGUACAUAGUACGGUACAGACAGGAUAAAGACGGGGCUGAGUGGAUUGAGGAGGAGCUUCCAUCGAAUGCUUGCAAUGUUUCCCUCAAGGCCCUGUCUUUCAGUACUAAAUAUCAACUGGAAGUCACAGCAGUCAAUGCUAAUGGUUCCUCUAUCCCUGCCAAGCUCAACUUCGCAACCGGAGCGCAAGGUGGCAAAGUGACCAAAGGCACCGUGGCUGGCAUUGUCAUGUUCAUCUUCCUGCUGGUCUUCUUAGUGGUAGACGCCACCUGCUGUUACAGAAACCGUUGCGGUCUGCUCAUGUUCAUUGCUGUGAAACUCUUUGGACAGAAAAUUCCGGGUCUCAAAGGGUUUGAAGGAGGAGAUGGGAACACUAACGGAGAAGUGAAGCUGAAGGGGCUAUCCACUCCGACGGACAGCAUGCAACAGACAGGAGUUCAGACACUGGAGGUGGGGCAGCUUAGAGAGGUCACCUGCGACAAAGCCCCUCUUACCAAACACGAGAAAACACAAGUGGAUAGAGGACUGCCUACUAACAAUGCAUGAGACCAGCAACUGGAAAAACAAGAAACAAGAAAGAAGUUUGACAAGUUAUAAUGUAUUGACAGUAAACAACUGACUAAGAAGAGUCAAUGAUCUCUACAUCAGAUACAGCUACUAUGGGAAAAAGUCGAAGUGAAUGAUGUUGUCAACCUGUUUUAAAGCUUAACUACAGCAUCAGACCUCUGUGCUGUUGAAGUAAACAGUGAGAAGACAGCGGGCCUGUGUUCAGCCUCUCCUGACGUCACAUCCUCUCCUCAUGAUCAAAAACCAGAUUCCUGUGUGCAUGAAGACUUCCAGAGACUGCAGGCAGGAUAUGAUGUCAUUUUGUAGCAUUUUUGUUGCUCUGUCGGCUUUGAUAUUGAUGAGUUCAAUAUAAACUUUAUUAUAGACAAACUAAAAUUUGCUUUUACAAGGUAAUCAUGACGUCUGUUUUACAGGGUAAAAAAAAAUUGUUGUU